AUUUGGUAUUGUUUUAUUUUCCAUUCCAAUAGUAUUGAUAUUACUGGAUAUAGGUUAGGUUCUAGCAUGUAAUUGUAUCGAUUAGUGAUUUCGUGCAUUGAGAGUCAGAAUUAAGUGUUCAGUUAAACAGUUGCUUCUAGUAGGUUAUAUGAGAUGACAAAAAUAUGUAAUGAAACGUCGUAAUUUGCCGACGUGAACCAUUAUAAUGAUCGUUCGAGUGAUGUUAGCGACGGCCAUAUGGUAUCAAAAUUAUAAAUGAAACUUACCAGGGCAUACCGAUGUAGCCCAAGACCAAAUUCACGAUGCUGAAACGGAAACUGUGUUGCUAGACUUCCUGGCCAAUGGCUACGCCCAAGCGGGCACGGGAGGGGGGGCUACCUGCGCGCGCAGGUCGCUCUAUCAAACCUCCGCCGAGCUUGUGCUCAGUGUCGACCAAGAGCAUUGAGAGGAUGUUAUCGUCGACGGCGGGAGUAGUCACCGUGAAGACUACACCCUUCGGGGACCAGCAGCCGGGAACCUCCGGUCUUAGGAAGCCAUUACAAGGCUACAAGAAGAAACAUUACACGGAGAACUUCAUCGAAUCCAUCCUCAGGGCCGUCGGUCCAGGACUUCACAAGUCUUGCCUUGUCAUCGGCGGCGAUGGGCGAAAUCAUUGUGUGCAAGCGGCCACUCUUGCCAUCAAGAUGUCUGCAGCGAAAAAGGGAAUUUAG